AUGGCCGGAGUUAACAGUAGAACUAGGGAUCGAGAAAGAACACUGGUAACCAUUUCUCUGCUUUCUUUCUUAUCAUUCUGAUUUUCAUAACAGACGGCAACCACAGCCGUCGCAGUGGUAGUGAGUGGAUGCUCCGGAAAGGUACUUCGAUGUCGAGGCUGGGGCUCCAUUUACUCUACCUUGAAGCCGGGAGACUGCUGAGCUGAUUCCCUAUACCUAGAAGACGUAUAAUUUUUAUUCCGUUUUCUGCACGGUUUUUCUAUGUACUGCUAGUUCUGUUCCCUUUGGUGGGCGAACACGUUUUGCUUCUCGAUACAGUUCGUUGUGUUUUUGUAAGAUGCCGGGUGAAUUGUAUUACGAACUCGCAUGGUUUUAGCUCCUAUUGGCUGAGGACCGGAGAAGGUCUACUGGUUUUAUUGCGCUUUAAAACGACGUUCGUUUAUUGUCAAGGGAAGAAUUGUUUUGAGCGUUCAUUCUCCAAAAAUGUACGUGUCACCGCUGCUGUUCCGAAUGGGGGAUCUCAGCAUUUCAUGAAAUAGUAUUUCGUGUGCGCGUUAAAAUGGUUUAGCUCAUUCUCCAUGAAAUGGUUUUAGCUCAUUCUUCAACUUAACGAACGUAUUUCUUGGCUUUAAAAACUCUGCUGUAAUGCGUCAGGAUUUUGACGGAUUCUUGAAUAACCUACAAGAUUGGGAUGCCCUUAAGGUUGGAGACGGCGCGUCAAAGACCGCUAAAAUAUACAAGCAAGGAGUAAGUAAAUGUCUUUAAAAUUUCUUGAAGUAAUUGUUGCCUGUGAUAGGUAUACAUCCCAUUUCGUUUGUUGGUUGUUUCAUGUCAGAAUCUAAAAAACUUGUUUCAACCUGAAAUCCGUUCGUCAUUUUAAGCCGCAACCAUGCAUGCUCUCAGAACCAAUGUAUUGCGAUGAAUUUAUUACAUCAUACAUUAUUGAUUUCAAGGGUUGAAUGAUGUUGUCUCUUCUCUUAUACUGAGAAAUGUAAUAAACUUAGAAAAGGACAAAAAAAAGAAGGAAAGACGGGCAUAUGUUAUGAUUUACUAUCAUACAUUUACCAGAGGGGCAUUUUUUCUUAGGUUUCAUGUGACUAGGCUGGGACGAUUGCUAGGUUACAGUUGAAACACUGAUCUCACUAUAUGCAUCAGGCCUCUUAUGGGAUUCUGCUAACAGCAGUUCAGGCAUCAGCGCACCACGAGUUAGGAAAGGAUUCAAGAGUUGAUUUCUAGUAGGACCUCUAAUUUCAAAUUCGUUUUCUAAUCAUAUUUCUAGUCAGAAAUUUGUCUUUUUUAGAUAUAUGAUAAACUUGUAUCUUAUUCAUCUCGAGAUUUGUCUGGACAAAACAAUAAAACCAUGAUAGCACAGGCUUUUAGUGGGUCCCGCGCAGCAUAUGACUCUGACAACCCGUUCAAGGUAUUCAUGUAACUAUUGUUGUGAAAAGUGGUUUCAAAGAUUUAUUUAUUCAUUUUGAUUUUGUAAAAUGAAUAACUAUGUCUUCAAGGACAUGGGCUCUGUCACUAUUUUUCUCUCUUACCACACAUGCCAUGUGUUGUAGCCCCCUUAGAAGGAGUUCCAAUGAGAUUAGGUCAGCUGUUGUAAUAAUACUUGCUUGUACGAAAAGUUUCACCGUAAAUUUUAGAAAAAAAAGAAGAAGGUUCACCAGAGGCAAAGUAAACAAAAAUAAGCAAUGCAUCCAGUGGCAAUUUUGGUCCAAUUCUUGUACUCCGUAUUAAGAAGAGGGCUUUCUUUGGUUGUAAAGGACGAAGGCUUGCCUUCUGAUGGUUGGAAGAUCAUUGCCUUUUUGGAGGACAAAGAGAACUUGACGGUAUAUUCUGAGUACCCUUCUUUACUUGUACGACUUAGAUGUCUUUUAUUUAUCGGAAAAAGUGAUUUAAUUUACGGGAUUUGGUAUGACACAUAUGAGAUUGAAAGCCUCUAGCCUGCGUGGAUGAUGGUAGUUUCUGUGGAGCCGCAUGAUCUGUCUUUUUUAUUAACCACUGAAUAUGUAAAAAUUCUCCAUCCUAUGUUGUUUUAUCCAUGCAUAGAUAUGCUUUUAUGGUGAAAUGAGCGAUUGGGUAAUGGGUCUUGAUUUGAACCCUUGUUUGCAUAUUUCAUAGGUUAUCUCUCCAAAUUCAGGAAAGGAAGUCAGAGCGCAAAGAAAAGUUUCUCCAACUGAAGUCAAGAAGCAGACUCCCCGGGUCUCAGAAAUUUCUCCCAAAGGCAUUCACGAAGCUUACAGAAAUUUCAGCAGUUCUGAUGCAACAGAAUACAUAUCUUCUCACUUGUUAUAUGAGGAAUCUUUCCCAACAGCAGCUUCAGAAAAGGAGCUAGUAGGGUUUCCAUUCUUCUCUUGUUAUUUACAAUGGACAGUUGGGAAUAUGCUCUGCUGGUCUAAGGGUUUGGAAAUAAACAUAUUUUUCCCCUUUUAUUUCCUUUCCAGGGAAAUGAACACUUCAAGCAGAGAAAUUUUUCUAAGGCAAUUGAAUGCUACUCCAGAAGUAUCGCGCUGUCACCAAGUUCAGUAGCAUUUGCAAAUAGAGCAAUGUCAUAUCUCAAAUUGAAAAGGUGAGUAUUAUUUAUAACUGUUUCUACAAUUCAUUCAAUUAUUAUCUUGCAUGAGAAAAGCCUUUGGACUUGAUGAUUUGGGGCUAGCACUAAUAAAAGUAAUGAAUGGUUCGAAUGCCUGGAUCGAAUUCAUGUGAACAAAUAAAUGUCCCAACAUUCUUUGAUGUAUUAGAGAGAAUGACACUGCUUGCCACGUGGCGAAUAAUGAGGCUGUUCUGUUUCUUCCAGGGGGGGUAUUCUCAUCAAUUAGCUUAUCGGGGCUCACCUAGUGUUCAACUGAAAAUCUUUCCUAGAAUUUGAUUCAGAUUGCACGAGUUGUGUAAAUUUGUCCCGUGGCAGUGUUAUGAAAAAAGAAAAACUCGAGGAUUGAAGUGUGAUGCUUGUUUUUUCAUUGUGUGAAUCCAAACUUCACGUACCUUCUUAUCUUUCAUAAUUUUCCGUUUUCAUCUUACUCAUUUCCUUAAACUGUUGUGCUCUGUCUCUCCGCUCUUCUCAGUAUCAGCCAUCCUUAUGCCUCUUCUUCUUCCUAUAACAUCUCUAUGAUUCAUGCCCCAACUACAUACACAUCUCUUUGAAGCACACCCACUCCGAGACACCGUAGACACAGGAAACAGACCGAGCUCCAUGUUAAUAAGAGGAGGGAAAAAGAACUCACCCCAGCCAAACUCUAGCUGCGGGGGGUAAUUUCUGGCACUGCGUUCUGCUGCUUGAGCCCUGUUUUGUGCAAUCAUCUAGAAUUCCCAGUGCUGCUGUGAUGAUAGUUUGUCUUCUACAUUUAUUACUCCCAGACACUAAUUUUUGGCCUUUUCAACUGUUGCCGUUCCUUCAGCUAUUUCUGUUCAGCAUGAAUGGAUUACACUGUUGGUAGAAUUGUGUGUCCCUGCAGAGCCGUCAGUUCCCUGUUUAGCCAAAGUCAUUGUAUGCAAGUAGAUUAUUUUCUCCAUGUUAGUAGCACAAAUACGGUGCAAUUAUAUAUGGUUUAUUUCGUAUCCACAUCAUAUUAAUAUUUGUAUGAAUGUAAUGGAACACUGCUCCAAGAAAACAGCCUUCUAAAAGGCUUCACAUUUUUCUCCGAUGCAUUGAAAGAAUCAUAGUUUUCUAAGUGCCAGUAAUAAUUAUGACCAAUUUUACUUUUAUUCAGUUUCUAAGACAGCAAAAAGUCAGCAUGAGAUUUCAGAUAGUUGCCAUUAAAUCAUUUUUUGUGCCCUCUUGCAAUAACGCCAUGAGAAGAUAUGGUAUUUCAUUUUUUUGUGACUAGAGUCCAUAUUUUGUUUACACAAGCAACUUGCUUUUGCUUAUUUGCUGAAGAUGGUUGAACAUUAUGUUAAGAAUGAUCUUUUUCUGUUUCCUUUUCUGGGACGCUUCCAGGUAUUUUUGUUUUUCACUCUGUGAUUGCUUUUGAAUUGAUUUUCUUGCUGCUAGAUACGAAGAAGCUGAGGUUGACUGCACAGAAGCCUUAAAUCUAGAUGAUAGAUACGUCAAAGCAUACUCUAGGCGAGCGACAGCCAGGAAAGAACUUGGGAAACUUAAAUCAUCCCUUGAAGGUUGUGCAUAUGAUCAUUCGGGCAUCCUACUUUUAAUCAUAAUUUAACAAAUUUCGCUGUUGUAUCAAGCUUUUGUUGACGACUUGUAAAUUGCAGAUUCUGAGUUUGCAUUGAGGCUCGAGCCCAACAAUCAAGAGCUCAGGAAACUGUAUACUGAGACAAAAGCACUCUAUGAUGAGGUGAAUCAUGGUUUCUGAUUCGUGUGCGGACAUGUUGAUGCUUCAUGGUUUCUGAUUCAGUGGUUAGCUGUUCUUAAACAUAGAUUACAGUUGUGGCUUAAAGCUAAUGAUAGCUAUUGCCGAGAUAAGGCCGCUGUCCUUUGAUUUCAUUUAAGAGACUGACACUGUGCGUGUAUGCGUUCUCUUGUAUUUUACUAUCUUUAAGUACGAAUGACUGCUACUUCUUCAGUCUCUUUAUUUUGGAUUCUUCGUGUGUCAACUGGGUCAUUGCCUCUUCAAACCUUAUUCUACUAGAAAGAUUUAUAUGUAAUUAUCGUAUGAAUUUAACACAGGAAGUUGCCAAAAAGGUAUCUGGUGCAGUGAAAAGCACCAGUAAACGAAUUCUAGAGGACAGGAUUUCGGAGAUUGGAAAUGGAAGUGCUGCUGCUGUCGACUACAUCCCAAGUAACUCACAGAAGAUUACACCAACUGCUGAUCUUUCCAACAAUGAGGUAUCUCCAAUCCUUGAACACCGAUUUCCAUAAGUUUUGGUCCUUUUAGUUUACUUCUCUUCUCGAAGGCAUGCUACAUUUGUAGAAUCUUGCCAGGUAUCGUAAAUCUUGUAGCAACUCGACCUGAUGGUCGAUGGGAGAUGUUGUCUAUCCUGCAUGCUAUUGGAUGAGAAUUACUCAAAACAGGCUUUAGAAUCUGUAUAUUGGGGAUUUUUUUUGUUGCAAGGGCCAUCCAUCCUUUUUCCAUCCCAUCUUUCUUAAGCAUUGUCUAGUAUUUAUGGAAAGGUUAUCACUUGAUGUCUUUCAUGGUUAUUCUGGACAGGUAACAUUGGAUUUUUCCCCGUUAGAUCUCGUGUGAAAUUCAGUUAACUUGUGGAAUUUACUGACUUUUUUGGGAAGCAUAUUAUCCUCACAAAAGUUUCUGUAGUUUCAAUAUCAAUUUUGUUUCCGAAAAAUAACAAGAUCGAGUCAUCUUCAAUCUCGAGGUAUCUCGUCUUUUAUUCUCUGGUGAUGCCACGGCACCUAUUUCUCUUCUUGGCAUGGGAAUGCUAAGAGAGGAGCACACGCUUUAUUAGCCUGGGGCAUGAUCAUUUCUCAACCCUCUAACAAUAGACCUGUUAACCACAGAGUCUGAAGAAUUUUUGUUGACUUUGUUGAUCUCAAGCAGAGAAAAAUUGUCAAGAAGCAGGGGCAGAAGCCACUCGCACACGAGCUUGCCUCUCGUGCUGCCUCCCUCGCCACAAGUGCUAUUCCUACGAGAAUCACUACCCCAAGAACAGCCUAUGAACUUGAGGUCUCCUGGAGGCUUCUCUCUGGCGACUCUCAGAAGCAGACGAAGUUAUUAAAGGUUAUCUUUUUAAAAUAUUUCUCCCUUGCCCGAAUCUUAUAAUUUUAUCUUUCCAUGGUCUUAUUUUAUAUUCUCCUCUGGGCCAGAGCAUCCCCCCCGGUUCUUUACCUCAACUGUUUAAGAAUGCGCUCUCUGCUCGGAUGCUGAUUGAGAUCAUCAGGACAACCUCGACAUUCUUCAAGUGUGCCCUCUGUCUCCUUGCUUGGCUCCGCAUGUGAUCACCGUCUGUUUCUGAGUCAUAGCUGUUGCAGGGAGGAGAUGGAGCUGGCCGUCAGUAUUUUAGAUAAUCUAACCAAGGUCCCAAGAUUUGACAUGAUCAUAAUGUGUCUCUCUGCACCAGAUCGAGCUGGUACCUCCUUUAAAUCCUUUUAAUUGCGCAUUGAAAUCUGUCACACAGCGUCGUUUAAUUUUUUAAUUAGUAAAAAAACCCAGAUUAAGCCCACGCCUCAGCUUUGCUGUUCUUGUCCAUGGGGACCCAACACUCCCGUUUCCUGUGGUUCCUCGUCCCUGGAAUGGGAAGAACUGUGGAUCGGACAACUUCCAGCCUUUUUAAUACUUUUUCCUCCUGUAAAUGAUGUUCAUUAAUAGCUGACGAAUGGCUGUAGCUACUGAGACUCGUCCUUGUUCGAUCAGAUCUCCGCAGGAUAUGGGAUGAAGUCUUCUCCGGCGACGCCGCCCCCUAUGAACACGCCGAGGCGUUUGCUCGGCUACGACGCCGGUACUGCACCGGGGUUUGA